AGGACAAGACAAUGAAAGCAGGGCUUCUAGUCUCUCUGAUAGUAAACUUUUUGGUGGUUGUUUCUGCCGGCAGCUUCUACAAUGAUUUUUAUUUCAACUGGGGACGUGACCACGGUAAGGUAUACGACAAUGGCAAUAGUCUGAGCCUCAUUCUUGAUAAAAAUUCUGGAUCAGGGUUUCAGUCCAAGAAAGAGUAUUUAUUUGGUAAGAUAGAUAUCCAGCUCAAGCUUGUCCAUGGCAAUUCGGCCGGCACCGUCACAACAUUUUAUCUAUCCUCGCUGGGGCCAUACCACGAUGAGAUAGACUUCGAAUUCUUGGGAAAUACAAGUGGUCAGCCAUACACUCUUCACACUAAUGUGUUCAGCCAAGGCAAAGGUAACAGAGAGCAGCAAUUCUAUCUUUGGUUUGACCCCACUGCUGAUUUCCACACGUAUUCUAUCCUUUGGAAUCCACAACGCAUAAUUUUUUCAGUCGAUGGCAUUGCAAUUAGAGAAUUCAAGAACUUAGAAUCCAUUGGCAUUCCAUUCCCUAAGAACCAACCAAUGAGGAUUUACUCCAGUCUUUGGGAAGCUGAUGACUGGGCAACAUGUGGUGGAAGAGUUAAGACAGAUUGGACAAAAGCACCCUUCGUUGCUUCGUUUAGGAACUUCAACGUCAAUGCCUGUGCUUGGUCUUACGGAGCAUCUACUUGUAAAUCAAAAUCUGGCUUUGCUGACUCCAUCAGCAACUCAUGGAUCUGGGAAGAACUCGAUGUCGGACGCAAAGGCCAGAUGAAAUGGGUGCGGGACAAUUACAUGAUCUAUGACUAUUGCAAAGAUUCCAAGCGAUUCCCACAUGGCCUCCCUCGUGAGUGCUAUGUCACCAACUUUCCCUGAACCAACCUCGAGAAAAAGAACUCAUGGAUGAUGAAAAAUGAAAUACAUAUCCUAAUUGUCAAUUAUAUUGUUCAAUUAUUAUUUUAAUCGGUUUUGACAAUUCUGUUUUCCAUGUUUAUUUAAGUAUUUCCUUGUUCCCGUUGAUCAAAACAUAUGAUCACAUAAUUUUUUUUAUAUAUAAAUAACAUUAUUACA